AUGAAUCCACCUGCAACCUCACUCUCACUCUCUACUACUGCACCGCACCGCCUCUCCCCUCAUCUCGCUUCUUCGCUUAGCACAUCCCUGAUCUCGCUCCCCUCCCUUUCAUCAUCACCAUCAUUCCAUCUCUCGCGCUCCUACACACCUUCAACCACACCUCACCACCUCCCCACAUUCUCUUCUCCUCAUCCACACGCCUCGCAGGCAUCGACUUUCAUUUGCAUACCAACGACCUCGCCGCUUCAUCUGCCACUAGGCCCCCGCUCACGCCCCUCGACACUUGGCCGUCCUCAUCUCCGAGCCCCGUCGCGACCUCAGAGACGCGCACGCAAGCCAACCGCCAUCAAACGCGCUCGUCUUCAGCUUUCCUCUCCUCCGUCUUCGGUCUCUGCUCCAUCUGGCCGGAUCCAUUGGCCAUUCAAACUCUGGCUCGAGUCGAUCGACAUCCUCGCGCGCACGUCACGCUCCAUCGUUGUAGCUGACCACACGCUGCCUCGUUUGACUGCAACCAUGAAGCCAGCUCGCUAUCUCGUCUUUGGCGCGCUUAUGGCUGCCUCGGCGGUCUCCGCCUCGCAGCACCAGCCACGAGCUCGUUCAGAUCACGCCGCACGUCUGGCUGCUCGUUCGCCCCAACCCACACCUCAGCUUCUCGGCCCCAGCAUCUUUGGCAUGGGUAGUGACGACGACGUCUCCUCUUCUUUCUCGCGCGCAUCCGCGUCGGCUUCCUCAGCCGCGUCAGCCUCGCUCAGCUCAGCCUCGGCCGCCGCAUCCUCGUCCGCAGCGGAGGCGGCCGCUUCCACAUCCUCCGCCGCCGCCGCAUCUUCCGCCUCCGCUGCUGCUGCCCAAUCCUCUUCCAUCGCUGCCGCCGCCGCCUCCUCGGCUGCUGCUUCCAUCUCGAGCGCCGACGCUGCCGCUUCGCGCUCGUCCGCUGCCGCCGCCGCCUCGGCAAGCCGCGCAUCCGCUUCGUCCGCCGCAUCCGCUUCCUUGUCCACCUCGGUCGGCCUCACCACCACACUCACCGCCACCGUACAGGCACAACCCACCGUCGUCACACCAACCGCCUCGUCCGCCAGCCAAGAAUCAUCGGGCAGCGGCGGCGGCGGCGCCAGCACCGGCCUCAUCAUCGGCGUCUCGGUCGCAGGCGGCGUGCUCGUCCUCGCCGCCUUCCUCUUCCUCUACUUCAAGUUCGGCACGCGUCGCUUCAGCAACUUUGAAGACGGCGAUGCCGACAUCAAGUGGCCCGAGCUCAAGCACGACCCGGACUCGAACGUCAUGCAGCCGCUCCCCGCGCGUCGAACUGGCGGUGCUGGUUUCGACAUGGGCGACGAGUCGGACAACGACGGCGGCGACCACGAUGGCGCCGGCAAUAUGGGCGAAAAGGGCCGCGACAGCUUCACCGGCUCCACCACCGCGCUCGCCGCGGCUCCUCCGGCAGGCUAUCCGGUCAAUGACUACCCGCCGCAGAUGGACCACACCUACUCGAUGGACCCCGCCGCAGGAUACUACCCCAACCACGCCAACAUGUACGCCGGCCACCAGUACGCCAUGCAGACCUCGCCCGGCGGCUACUCGGAUACAACCAACCCGUACGGCGUGGAUCCGUAUGCGCAUGCCGGCAUGUCGCAUCCGCAGCAGAACCAAUACCCGCACACCCACUACCAAUAG